AUGAUUGGAGCAACAGGCAGUGGUAGCGUCCUUGCUGGCACGCCUCUAACCACGCAUUGCAUGCCCCACUCACUUCCACAUGCACAAUAUACAACAUGGAAUUCCAUUUGGAAAGGUAUAGACAACUGCCCAAGAAAGAAACGUCAAGACAUAUUGCUCUUGAGUGUUGAGCCUGAACCUUCUAUCAGUGUUAUUAAUCAUGGGGGAUAUGUGAAUGCAGGUUUGGAGAAUGUAGAUAAUAUGUCUGAGACUCAAGCCAAUGAACCAACUGAAUUAGUUCUUCCUGAACCUC